AUGAGUACGUAUGACCGAUUCAUACAGUCCCAGCUGCCCGAGUAUGAAUUACUGCGACGCUUGAUACAAUCGGCGACGGGUGAGCUGGGAAGCUGGUCAUCCAAAGACCCUGAACAUCUCGUUUUGUCUCAGUACAUGAACUUCACCACGCGCAAUGAUCAUCAGUUGAUGAAUGUGCUUGGAGGAUACCAUCCAGCAAACGUCGCCCAUGCGCCUUAUCCCCUGACCUGCUCCUACGUGAACAAUGAAGCUCACCAAUGGAAGCAUGGCGCAGUGGACGAACGUGGAACCAUCGACUAUUUCUCCGAGUUCUCUCAUGCAGUCUAUGACCUGCAAUCUGGCUCCCUUGGCCUAUCACGCUGGAUCGAGAAUCAGAACCCAGCAUUUCGAGGCGAUCCUGGGGUGCAAAGUUUGCGUUUCAAGAGAGAGUUUGACGCCAUUGCGGCGGAUGCCGAAUGCCUUAAAGACCGACUCAAUCGUUUCGUUGGAAUAAGUUCGCUUUCUGCAUCACGAUUGUCUAUCGAGGAAUCUAGACGAGGCAUCGAGGUCUCCAAACGAGCCAUGGACGUUGGCGUGAGAGCCGAGAGACAGGCACAUGCCAUCGGUCGCCUGACCCAACUUGCCUUUGUUUUCCUCCCGUUGACCUUUGUGACGGGGGUAUUUGGCAUGAAUAUUGAAUCCUUCAAAGACGGUGCUCCCCUUUGGAAAUUCUGGAUCACUCUGGCUCUGAUUGCAAUUCCCGCCUUCAUUUUCGGACUACAAACUGCGCAAGCAGAGUUACUGGACCGAAUCAAAAAGGUUUCUAGAGCCGCUAGGAGGAGGAUGAUUAUGGGCACGCCCGGGGAAGACUUCAGGUAUCUGGGCGGAGAGUACAUGGAAGACUGGAUCAUCAGUGGAAGUGCACGUGCAUCCGACAGGCUAAGGAACAACUCGGCCCCUGCGAGUGCCGGAUACAUCCCGAAUUACAGGGAAUUCAUUCAGAGAUCGAGGCUCCUCUAUGUAUUGCUUGGAGUGGGAGUUUGGGCUGCUGUCAGGACUGCCGUCGGGUCUGCCCUCAGGAGACUGGGACAGAAAUUGAGCAGAGCUGACAAUGCGGAUCGAGUGUUUGAGUAG